CUGCUCAACGCCAUGGGCGCCAGGUGGACACCGGAAAUGUCGAUCAAGAACACGCACUGCGUCAGCGCGACGCUUUCGGGCGACAAGGUGCUUAAAGCAGCCGAGUGGAACAUCCCCAUUGUCAACCACCUCUGGCUGGAGGACUGCUUUGCGCGCUGGCAGGACGUGCCACACGGUGAUGCCACAUACGUCGACUAUUCACCUGGCGUGAACAUGCAGAAGCUCGUCGGC